AUGACGCGCACACCUUCGUCGAACGAGGAAUCACGCGGCGAGGGCAGUCGUCCGCCUACGGCAAGCACAUCAUCGGCGACAAUGACCGCUAGCACAUCUGCGACCUCGAAUAACCCUUUCUCUUCCACUUCUGAAAGCUUUGAAGAGCUUCUCGCGUCGCACGACCCUUCUGAUCUUGGCUAUACGUCUGGACAACUAUCAGGCAAAGCGAGCCAACACAACGGUGCUGUGGGAGCGCAAGGGACGGGAGCAGCAGCGGGUCCAGGCGUGGCGCCCUGGAUUUGGUCCAUGGGUGCACCAGCUCGGCAAGGUGCUGCUACUUGGGCUACGCAUUUCGAUGACUUUUCCGCCGCAGCUCAGGAGGAUUGUCAGCACGGGAGCAGCGCAGCUUCUGGCAUCACCUUGGGCAGUCCUCCGUCAGCUAUGCAACACGGACUGAACGGCGACGGGCAUCUAGACCAACCACUCUUCACCGCAGCGGGGUUCCCGGCAAGCGGUCUCACCAACUUUGACGCUCUGUGGGAGCAGGCGGCGCAGCAUGAAGACUUUACACCUUUCGUGCCUCACACUCAGCGGGCGUCCUCAUCCUCGGCUGACGCGGCUCGCUCAAGUGGAGCCAAGGGGCCCCUACCAAUCCCGGGCAUGACUCCAUUCCACGGCGAAGCGCCUGCCAGUGUGUCGACUCAGGCGUUCGAACGACAUCCUCACUUCUACCCACGCGCCUCGCUGGCUGGCAGUGAGGAAGUGGAUGAGCUGGCCAUCCUUGAAGACGAAGAGGUUGACGACGCGCCAUAUGACCGAGCGUCAAAGAAGCCCAAGCUUCAGAGGAGGCAAGGCGUAGUGAGUGAACAAAGUUGCAUUUGUGCAUGCCUUGCUGUCACCUUGCUGACCUCUGGUCUGCUCAUUGCAGACCUGCGAUGCUUGUCGAUCCAAGCACCUGCGCUGUGAUCUGCUCGAGCGGAGAGUUAAUCACGGCCUGUCGCCCAACCCUGAGAAUGGCAACAUGAACGGAGUCAAGUGUACGCGCUGCACUGACAAGGAUCUAAACUGCACCAAAAACCACGCUCCCCCCUCUCGAAGAUAUCCUCGUCCGAGUCGUACUGGCAAGCGUAUCGAACAAGCACGUUUACUGCACGGCUCCAUCGCCAACGCCGAAGCAAGUCGAACGAGCCCUCUCGUACUCGCAAUCGAGCCACACACGCUUGCAUCUGCAAAUCGCGGGGAGAGCAAGCUGGCUUCGAGCGUCAUGGCCAGCUCGGUAUCUUUGCGGCUCCUUACCUGCUUCUUUGCCACCGCACACAUUCAGCUGCCCCUCGUCGACCUUGCGCACUUCUCGUUUCGCUACAAUUGGGCGCGAGGAGACCCACGAGUGAUGAGCAUUAUGAGCAACGGUGGAAGCCAAGAGGAAAGCAUUCCAAGCGCGCCCUUGGUCACUCCAGGCUUGCGCCUCAAAAUCUGGCCCGAGACCGGGGAAAGCACAAUUUCUACGCCUGCUACCGCCCAAGCACUCAUGGCGGCCAUGCACGCCUGGGCAGCAUGCUAUACCGACUUGCCGCUUGCGUUCGGCUCUCAGGCGCAAUCACUGGGCUUUCACAGCCCCGACAAUGGCGGCAUUCCAUCGUCAGGUAUCUCGGGUAUUGGUGGUGUGGGGCUGCAGCACACACAUCAACUUGGUGGCGAUGAUGGACAGUCGGUUCCCUGCUUUGUGCCUGGCGAAGAAAGUGCCCAGGGCGCCAGCAACAGCCUUGACGCAUCUCCGAGCGAUCGAAAUCGGACAACUCCACCAGAGGAGGUAGUAUCGGCAAAGACAGCGAUGGGCGCUCCAGAGACGGCUGUAUUGCCUGGUGGACGAAGACCAAAACGUAAGCAAGGAGUGGCUUGCGAUACCUGUCGCUUACGUCGAGUGCGUUGCGACGUCACCGAGCGUGCGCCAGGAAUGGGAUGCAGCCGAUGUGAGGACAAACGAAUCAUUUGCACUCAAGAGUACAUUAACACGAAACGCAAGUCUACUGUUCAAGGAACUGAAGUGAGCGGGUCUACACCCAACACAAGCGCCGGAAAACAAAGUGCAUCAGAGUCAAGCUCUCCACAAUGGCGCGAUCAAUCCGAGCUUGGCCCUGACUCUUGGAAGGAUCGUGGAAAGGGCGAAGAGAAUCGUGUUUGGGUCGAAGGGCGACCAGAGGCUACAGCAAAAUAUGCCGCCGGCCGUGCCAAGGAGUUGCUGCGAUUUGGUCAAGCCAGACGAGCUUUCUGUCAGGAGAUGCUUAGCAAAGCGAUUGAGAUGGUGCACAAGCAUGACCUACUGCGCAAGCCAUCUGUCGAGACAAUCCAGUGCUUGCUCAUCUUGGCUCAAGUUGUCGACCGCGCAGAUCCUGCCAGCUCGCCGCUCUUCACCAAUGCUGCAGCGCGUCAUCUGACUGCCCUCAAUUUGGAGCAGCCGUGCGAGGUGCACGAGCAAGAUCAGGCGGCAGUCGAAGGUCUGAUCAUGCGGAUGCAGUCCACUCGUGUCUACUGCAGCGCCUGGACGUACUCCAGCCUGGUCUCGAUGCUGUCCAGGGCUACCCCCCACUACAAAGCUGAUCGAGCGAUAGGCAUCCAGGGAGGCGCGAGCGCUAGCAGCGCUGCCCGCUCAGGGGUCGAAACGCCAAGCCCUCCUGGUGGCAUGCAGCUCAGCGGCGAAAUGGGAAUGAGUUUCUGCUGUAAGUCAUUUUGAUCCUGAUGCGGUGCGUCGCGGCACUAAAAUCUUGGUUGCUUUCCGAAUUAGUGCUCGCAUUGGUACAGAUCGGUGCGCUUGCUCGAUUUGUGACAAAGCACAUUGAUUCGCCACUGCCCACUGGUUCAUCGCUAGUGAUUGGGCCUCAGGAACGCUUCGGCAAGCGAAUGACGGCUGCAGACGUGCACAGACUCCAGAAAGCUUGCAAUGCCCUUUGGAAUUCCCAACAGAGCCUUCUGCUCUUCUUUGACCGUUGCACGGAUGCUGCGAGAGCUCAGAUGGAUCGCCUGACUGGCUUCCAGCCUCUUACGUGGAUCGCGACUAUCAAAGUUGCUGCUGGAAUGCUCGACCUCGCCGUCUAUCGCAUACUUGGCGAGCGCUUUCAUGUGCAGAACGCCUACGUCGCCGCAAUGUCUCAGGCUUUUCCUGGCGCUUCAACAUCUGAAGAUGCAGGCCACGCUGCAGCCCUAGGCCACCUUUUACACCGUGCGCGAGAGCGUACACUCCUUUCGUGCAGAUCGAUCGCCCACCUUGUGGAGUUUCUGCUUCCGAAGCGCGUGUUCCAGACAGGUGGCACGAUCUUCAGCUCCUUCUCUGCGGUCGCUCAAUUUUUGAUCCGCACACCUCCAACUACAACGGCGGACGUGGGCACAGAAGGCCUUGACGAGGACUCUUGCCAUGCAGAUGCCACUGCAUCGGCUACAUCUGCACAUGUUGACCCGAGACAGCUUUCUGGAGAUGCAAGAGCGUUAUCACCUUCUCACUUUGAUGCUGCAGACGGAAGCACAGGGAUGAGCAGCGAAGCGAAGCUUGUAUCGCAAAUCGCAGUUUCCAAGACGGAACAGCUAGGCCCCUACGAUGCUGCUGCAAAGGCGAGGGAAGUCGGAGCGGUCUUGGAGGGUCUUGCACAACUGGGCUACGCUUUCGACCUCAGUGAGCAGGUCGCGUCGCUCGAGCAUCUCCUCGUCAUCACCCAGCAGCAAGAACUGCAGUCUCAACAACAGCACUUGAAACAUCUUGCUGAGCAGCAACAGCAUCUCGACCUCUCGACGGCCUUUCACGCCUGA